AUGGCGGCGGCGGCGGCGCACAGCGUGCGGGUGCUGCGGGAGCUGAACCGGCAGCGCGCAGCCGGGCAGUUCUGCGACGCGACGCUCGGCGUGGGCGGCCGCGAGUUCCGCGCGCACUGGCCGGUGCUCGCCAGCUGCUCCCGCUUCUUCCGCGCGCGCGGCCCCGGCGGGCCCGUGGCGCUGCCCGACGGCCUCGCCGACACCUUCCAGCUGCUGCUCGACUUCUUCUACACGGGGCGCCUGGCGCUCACGGCGCACAACCGCGCCCGCCUGCUGGCGGCCGCCGAGCAGCUCGGCGUGCCCGACGCCGUGGCGCUGUGCCGCGCCUUUCGCCCGCGGCCCCGCCGCGCCGCCGCCGCCGCCCGCCCGGAGCCCGCGGCGGCCCCGCAGCCCGGCGGGCAGGCGGUGCGUGAGGGGCGGGAGGGGGACGGCGGGGCCAGGGCCCGGCGGGGGCGGCGCGAUGACGCCGCUGUUCCCUCGCAGGGCUCCCCCUCAGCCCCGGAGGAGGCGGCGGUGGGUGGCGGCGGGCGGGGGGACGGCGACGCCGAGCCCCUUCCCGAGGAAAAGGUGCUGCGGAGCAAAAAGAGCCCCCCCGCUCCGGGAAAGGCGCCGGGGAGCAGAAAAGGUACAGCGGUGCCGGUCGAGUGCCCCACAUGUCAUAAAACCUUCCUCAGCAAAUAUUACCUUAAAGUGCACAACAGGAAACACACUGGAGAGAAGCCAUUUGAAUGUUCCAAGUGUGGCAAAUGUUACUUUAGAAAAGAGAAUCUCCUGGAACACGAAGCCAGGAACUGCAUGAACCGAUCAGAACAGGUAUUCACGUGCUCGGCCUGCCCGGAGGUGUUCAAGCGGCGGAUGGAGCUGCGGCUGCACAUGGUGUCACACACUGGGGAGAUGCCAUACAAGUGCUCCUCAUGCUCACAGCAGUUCAUGCAGAAGAAGGACCUGCAGAGCCACAUGAUAAAGCUGCACGGUGCACCCAAGCCCCAUGCGUGCUCAACCUGCUCCAAGUGCUUUCUGUCCCGGACAGAGCUGCGCCUGCAUGAAGCCUUCAAGCACCGUGGAGAGAAGCUGUUUGUGUGUGAGGAGUGUGGGCACAGGGCCUCGAGCCGCAACGGCCUCCAGAUGCACAUCAAGGCCAAGCACAGAAAUGAGAGGCCCUACGUGUGUGAGUUCUGCCACCACGCCUUCACACAGAAAGCCAACCUCAACAUGCACCUGCGCACGCACACCGGCGAGAAGCCCUUCCAGUGCCAUCUCUGCGGCAAGACCUUCCGGACACAAGCGAGUCUGGACAAGCACAACCGGACGCACACCGGGGAGCGGCCGUUCAGCUGCGAGUUUUGUGAGCAGCGUUUCACGGAGAAGGGGCCGCUGCUGAGGCACGUCGCCAGCCGGCACCAGGAGGGGCGGCCCCACUUCUGCCACAUCUGCGGGAAGACAUUCAAAGCUGUAGAACAGCUGCGUGUCCACGUUCGCCGGCACAAGGGAGUGAGGAAGUUUGAGUGCAUUGAGUGUGGAUACAAAUUCACACGGCAGGCUCACUUGAGGCGCCACAUGGAGAUCCACGACCGAGUGGAGAACUAUAACCCUCGACAGCGGAAGCUGCGGAACCUGAUCAUCGAGGAUGAGAAGGAUGUGAUGGUGGUGCUGCAGCCACCACCAGAGCUGGAGGUGGGCUCAGCUGAGGUGAUCGUGGAGUCGCUGGCCCGUGGGCCACUGCCUGAGGAGGUCCCUGCACAGAAACUCUGCUCAAAUGAGAACUUCUCCCCUGCGGAUGUGAUUGAGCAAUCACUGAUUAUAACUACAACGAUUCCUGAAGACUGUGAGACGUAGUGUGGCCACCCAUCCCCUUCCACUGAAACACAGUAAAGCAUUGAGCUGAGCCACUUUCUGCCACACUUGUUCUUUUAGCCUCCUCCCCUCCUCUUCUGCCAAUCUCCCAUCUCAGGCUGCAGGGACAGAAUGUCAUCGUGACGUUGUGAUUGUCAAAUGAAGAAAUGUCUCAGAACAGUCGCUCCAGUCAGUGUCCAUGCAUGAUGUGCAGUGGGAUGGGACUGACCUCCCUGUGUCAUACUGUGACUCACUUUCUGAUGUCUGAGGAGCUGGUGCUGCCCUCCCCUUUCCUCCAGCCCUCUCACCCAGCCUGUGAUUAAAGCUCACCUUCCCCCACAGAGAGCGGCUCUGCCCAUUCCUUAACUCCUCUGUUUAACUCGUGCCUUAAGUUCUCCUUUGUUUUGUUAAGCCUUUGUCAGUUGCUCUUUCCUUACCCCAUUAAAGGCAGGGCAUGACCCUUGUCUGCUCAGAACAGAACACACUCCAGCAGCCACAAAGUGCCUGCGUUCCUGUGCUCAGGUGUGGGGACAUACUCUGUCCCAAAUAACCCAAUCCAGGGUUGCUGGGAGAGUGAGAACCAUGGCCUGAGUGGUGCCAGGGUGGGGAGAGAUCUCUGUGUGUACCCCCACACCCCAGAGUUGCAGCUGUGCUCUCUCCCCUUUCUCCCUCUACUCACCAAGGAGGCAGACAGGCUCCAAUUUAAGCAUAUCUGGAAUGAGAAACUCCCAGUAAAAUCUCAUUCCAGCUCCCUUCCCCUCACAGAGAACAGAACUGUGUAA